AUGGUAAAAACGCACACACACCCUCUGUGUCUUUCUUUCUCUCUCCUCUCUCUAAACCGAGUGUUAGCUAUUCGGCGAGAAGCCUCACUGCGCUGAUUCACUUUCCGUUUCUACACGCCGCUCAACGAAUACCUAAAACCAUUGAAACCCUUUGUUAUCUUCAUCUUCAGGAUAGGAGUUAGAUAAUAGCUUUGAGAUAUUGUAAAGAUGACUUUGUCUGGAUUGACUGGUAUUUCAUCAACAUAUUGCCUCCAUGUACCUUAUCGAGGCCCAGGGUCACCUUUCAAACGCGUUUCUGUUUUUUCUAGUAUUGGGAAAUUUGGAGAUUCGGUCCAUCUAAAAAGAAAUAACUGGACCGAGUCUACAAAGAGAUGUAUGAUACAAAGAACUCCUUUGGUUAAGUGUGCAAUGGAUGCGUCCUUUGGAGAUGCUACAAACGACUCAACUGCUGUCUUUCCUAGAAUCAAUGUAAGGGACCCCUAUAAACGACUUGGAAUCAGCAGGGAAGCUUCUGAAGAUGAAAUUCAAGCUGCAAGGAAUUUCCUAAUUCAUAGAUAUGCAGGGCACAAGCCGAGUGUGGAUGCUAUUGAAUCUGCACAUGACAAAAUUAUCAUGCAAAAGUUUUAUGAAAGGAAGAACCCAAAAAUUGACAUCAAGAAAAAGGUCAGGGCUGUGACCCAAUCCCGUGCUGUGCAGGCUGUCAUGAACAGGUUCCGGACUCCAGCUACAAAAUUUAUUAUAACAACUUCUGUAUCCUUUGUUGUACUUGGAGCUCUCACUGUUCUCUUUCCAACGGAGGAAGGCCCAACCCUUCAGGUGGCUAUAUCCCUGAUGGCUACGAUAUAUUUCAUAUAUAAUCGGCUGAAAAGCAAAAUGCGAGCCUUCCUAUACGGGGCUGGAUCUUUCAUUCUUUCAUGGCUAAUAGGAACCUUCUUGAUGGUAUCUGUUGUCCCACCUAUCCUUACAGGACUAAGGAGUUUAGAAGUGUCAACUUCGUUGAUAACCUACGUGCUUUUGUGGGUUUCUUCUACUUAUUUGAUAUAGUGCCAGUUUUCUUGCAAGGCCUCAAUUAUAUCAGCGAAUAAAACAGUGUUCUUUGGUAUAUUUUCUUCAAUAUAUCGAUUUAGAUAGAGAGCUGUGUGACGGUCCCAAUCGCAGUGAGAACACUUUCUAGUUGUCAUCAGUUGAUUUUUGUGACGGAUAUCUAAAUCAGAAUGAGUCAAGUUGAAGAAGAGUGCCUGCUUCGUUGGAGAAUGGAUCGUGCCUGUUAAAUACUCUAGAACUGGAAUGGGGAGUACAUAUACAACUCAUAUAUGUUUAUGGGUUUGUGACAUGCAUGUCUUAUUUUACUCUCUCUCUUUUUUUUUUUUCCUGAUAAAUAUUUUACUUUAAUUUUUUUAAUGAGGGAGAUAUUUUAUUGAGUAA